UGGCAACAGGCGUGAGGGGUUCCCCCGUACGUCGCCGCUCUGUCUUUGCCGAAAUUGCUCUUAAAAACCCCCAAAAAACCAAAAAAAAAAAAAAAAAAAAAAAAAAGAGAGAAACUCAUUAAUUAAACCGUCAGCAUGUACCGGACUAUAGUGUGAAACUUUUUCAACCCGGGGGACAUUGGAAACCCAGAGCGGUGCCACCGGAGAGAAGAGCCGCAGACCGGACUCCCACGUCCCGAUUCCCACUGAUGAGGCAGCCUGCAAAUGACGUCGAGAUGGCUUUAGGUGGUACUCUUCUCCCCUCCAUCUCCACGUUCACCAGCGGGCCCACCGUCAAGAGCAAAUCCAUUGGAAAUGCCAAUUUAAGAUGGAAGGAGGAGUUGGCCCUUCUUAAGAAAUCCAGUGUGCCAACCGGAAGUAGCUACUCUGACCCGGACCAGCCCACCGCCACCAGCACAACAAGCCCCAGCAUGUCCAAGAAGGAGACAGAGCCUGACCUGGACUUGGACUACGACUUCAUUCUGUCUAAUUCCAUUCUGCAGCAACAGCAGCAGCAGCAGCAGCAGCAGCAGCAGCAGCAGGAGGAGGCCAUGGCGUGCAGCUCUGCCCAGACCUUGCCUCCUUCCCCCAGCUCCUUCUCCUCAUCUUACCCUCUCCCCUCCCCUCAGGGCAGUGAGCUCCUCUACACCAUCCCAGAUAUCAGUGACGUCUCGCCCUCUGGAGGCUUUGUGGCAGAGCUCAUGAGACCGGAGUUGGAUCCGGCGUACCUCCACCCCACCAGCCUCCACGGCAAGUUUGUGGUAAAGACGACGAUGGACAUGGGAGAGUACAGCCAAGGGGUGAACGUAAGCAAGAUCUGCGUCAGUCCCGUGUCGGACCCGACUCCGUCACGUUCUUCGCCGUCCUUUAUACGCCACAGGAUAAAGCAGGAGAACCUGAGUACCUGCACCAUCUCGCAGCCCAUCGACCUACACCUAAACUCCCAGGGCAGAGGGAGCCAGCAGCAGCGCCCGUGUCAGUUAGAGCUCCACGGCUUCCCUGGCGGAGGGAGGUCCAUGACAGGCGGCAGGUUAUCCUCAUCCUCUUCCCUUUCGCCAGACCAUCCUCUGAGCCGGGAGCACCAGGUUCUGGGACAUCCCCACUCUCAGAUCCCUCUACAUCCCCAGGGUUACCAUCACAGCUCUCCGCAGGGUUACAGCUCCUACCCUCAGCCGUCCUCCCUGCAGUACCAAGAUUCCCCCAUGAUCUCGAGUGGGGACUGCUUGCCGGAGGAACCAAAGCCUAAACGUGGCAGGCGCUCCUGGCCGAGGAAGAGAGUUGCCACACACACAUGUGACUAUGUUGGCUGUGGGAAAACGUACACAAAGAGCUCCCACCUCAAAGCACAUCACCGCACGCACACAGGGGAGAAGCCUUACCACUGCGACUGGGAGGGCUGCGGCUGGAAGUUUGCGCGUUCGGACGAGCUCACACGCCACUACAGGAAACACACAGGCCACCGUCCAUUUCAGUGUCAGAAAUGUGACCGGGCCUUCUCAAGGUCAGACCACCUUGCUCUCCACAUGAAGAGACACUUAUGAGACGUUGUGAUGAAUGAAGGCUCCAGAAAAAGAAAAAAACACAUGUUAGGAAGAACCCUGAACAAACUUGUGACCUAUACUUUUUUAAAAACCAUAAUUUGCCUUCAAGCCGUGUCAAGCAACAAGACAAGCUGUGGUGUUCACGGCAAAAAACAGCGUUUCUCCCUCAAGAGCCUAAAAUUUGCUCUCAAGACUGAUCCCGUCUUCGCACAUUGAGCAGGCGACUUGAAAAGACCUCUGUCAGGGUUGUAAACUUUUUAUGAAAGGGACCAAACUGGAAUUUGUCUUAUUUAACUGACAAAACUUGGAGGACCAAGGUGCCAACAACUUUUAACUGGAAAUGUUUUUCUGUCAGGGAAAAACCAGGAGCAACAGACAAACACGUCCAGACGCCUUAGACCAGCAACAUGCCAAUAAAGGCUCUGUUAUCAACUACACACUGUUCAAAAUACUGUAUUAAUAAAUACAUCUAUAUUUAUAUACACAUUUCACCUGCAAUGCAAAUUUCAGGUACAAUGUUAAUUUAUACCGAACGGUGCUCAGUGACUCUGAAGAAGGUUGUUUUUUUUUUAUUAAAGAAAAGGUACCAAAGAAUAAGGACAAUAUACAAAAAGGGUGAAGACUAUGAAAAAAAAGUGCCAUACGGUUAUUUUUGCGUUUCUUGGAAACCUCUCUUCCACAAUCGGACUUAAAUCAGGUGAACACUUCACUUUGUAAAUGGUGAUGGCAAUCUUCAAUGCACUGCAGUCGCAAAAAGUGCAAUAAUUUAUAUGAGACAUUCAUAUUUUUGUAUUGAAUGAGUAACUCUGAACAAAGAUUUUUUUGUUUAUAGCCAAAAUAUGUAAUAUAAUCUUGAAUUUUGUACAUUUGUAAAUAAAAAUGCUUUGUUAUUGUUUUGUAUUUUACACUAUAAUAAAAAAUGUAUUUGAAAUACGAAAACAAUAUUGGCUUUUAAACUUCUCCACCAUAUUUGCAUAAUUACAAGUAAACAUGAUAGAUUUCCCUGGUAGUGUAAUGGAGAAGCAAAAGGCAGCAAUAGCUCACACACAAUAUCCCCCCUGAUAAUAGUCAUAUCGCCGCAGGCUAACUAACACAAUGUUGUGGUUAAAACAUUUUUUUUUUAACAAUAUCCUGUUUCCAUGGGGUUCUCUUUCCACCUGUCAGUGGGAAGAAUGGGGAGGACAACCGAGUUACUGGCUGACAUUCAAAGGUGACACCGAAUCUGACUGCCACUCUGUGCAGAAGAUGAAUCUCUCAGGAGCCCGAUAUGAAUA